UCCCCUCACUUCGAUUCUUUCCUCUCCCAGCAGCGCUGCUUGUCUCCUGUCCUCUAUCAUUCUUUGCAUGGACAUUAUUUUGCUGGAAUACUACAUACAUUAUUCACUUUUCACCUCUGGAUCACCUUUGACCCGUUCAGGAUUCCGUGUUCCACUACAAGAUCGGACAUUUAUUAUUACCCCCCCCCCCCCACUUUCACUUCAUCAUAUCGGGCUCGAGAGUGUUUGAACCCCCGCUUUUGCGCGCAAUCGCGCGCGCGUAUGAGUGUGUGUGUGUGUGUGUGUAUGUGUGUGUGUGUGUGUGUGUGUGUGUAUCUGCGUCUGGUCUUCAGUCCGGGAUCCUAACCGCGCUCGCGUGCCCGAUGCCCGAUGAGUGAGCUCGGACCCGUCGGCGCGAGACUCCGCUCUCCGUCUCGCGCCUCUGUUGGCUGAAUCCGCGAACCGCGCUUUCCUGCCUUCCCCAAGCGCGCGCGGGAUCCGGGAUACACCGGUUUGUUUGUUUGUUUGUUUGUUUAUUCGUUCAUCUCGGAGAGGUAUUCCGGACCGUUUAGCUGGAAUUACUGGAUUUUUUUUUUUUAAAUACUACUACUAAUAAUAAUAAAAAAAAGGAUUUAUCCUUAUCAUCGCCAAUCAUGAAGUCUCUCCUGCGCGAGGGAGGCCGACUCUUCUGCCUGAUGCUAUGGCUGAAUGUUGUGCCAGUGUUGAAUGGCUGUCCAGCAAAGUGUGUAUGCUACAGUGAGCCGAGACCAACCGUGGCCUGUCAGCAGCAAGGCCUGUUCUCUAUUCCUACCGAAAUCCCUGUCCGUAGCCAGCGGAUAUUCCUCCAGAGCAACAAACUCACAGUGGUCCGUUCCACCAGCUUUAGCUCUGUGCAUAACCUCACUGUCCUCUGGAUGUACUCCAACAACAUCAGCCACAUUGAGUCUGGAGCCUUCUAUGGACUGGAGAGACUGGAAGAGCUGGAUAUUGGUGACAACAGCAACCUUCGGAUCAUCAGUCCCUCUGCCUUUCGAGGUCUGACCAAGCUGCACACUUUGCACCUGCACAGGUGCGGACUGUCUGAACUUCCUGUCGGGGUGUUUCACGGACUGUACUCACUUCAGUACCUGUAUUUACAGGACAACAACCUUCUAGCCCUGCACGACGACACUUUUGUGGAUCUGGCCAACCUUACCUACCUGUUCCUGCACAACAACAAGAUCAAGGUGGUGACGGAUCACAUGCUUAGAGGGUUGAUCCACCUAGACCGCUUGCUCCUGCAUCAAAACCGUAUCGUUCAUGUCCAGCAGUGGGCUUUCACUGACCUCAGAAAUCUGACUACCUUGUUUCUGUUUUUCAACAAUCUCACCAUGUUGAGUGGAGAGACGAUGGAACCGUUGGUGUCGCUCCAGUAUUUACGUCUCAAUGGGAACCAGUGGAUUUGUGACUGCCGAGCCAGGCCUCUGUGGGAUUGGUUCAAACGCUUCAAAGGCUCCAGCUCUGAUCUCGAAUGCCACCUUCCAGUCACUCUUGUGGGGAAGGACCUGAAACGACUGAAAAGCAAUGACCUGGAAGGAUGUAUAGAAACCAACCCCCACUCUGGAAAGUUCCUGUCCUUUGAUGACCCCAUUGGAGAGAGUAUUCCAAGAUGCUGCCUUUCAGAUAACGACAAAUCCUCCAUCAUUUCCAGCAAGACGCUACCUGACCCCUCGUCUUACAACAGCCGCCAAAUCACAAACAACCCCCAGAAGGAGAAGGAGAACAUUUCGAAAACCAAGGUCCUAGAAACAGAAAGGAUAAAGAAUGACACUCGCAGUAAGCAAGGAGUAAGUCUCAAUGAUGGGCCACUGGCAACCCUUUCCAACAACCUAGAUCAGUCCUUGGACAAACUCAACCCAGACCUGUUGGAUAUGGAACCUUCAACAGCACCAGCUAAAAAGAAAAAAAAGUGCUCAAAAAAGCCCAAAUCAGAUCAGUCAUGUCUGAAGAGCCAUGGAUCUACUCUUAGAGCAUUGAGCCUUCUCUUUUUUCCCAUGUUUUGGUUGUCCUUAACCAUGUCUUAGUUUAAAGAGGACCAAAUUCUCGGAUCUGUUUUUGCUCAUGACAAUGGCACAAAAAAUACCUUCGGUAACCUAGAGUUACAGACAGAGACUGUAGGAUGGGUUGCGAGGUUAACCUGCACGGUUGAGAAUGAACAAACUCUAAAGCUAAAGACACAUUUAAAGAAAUGGAUGCCUUUACAAAACCCAUAUGAUUUAAUGUAUAUAAAAACUCAGUGCCCAAAUGUUUGUUCUAUGUAACUUUAAAUGUGCCGUGUUUAAGUAACACCGCAGAGAGAGUCCUCGUCCCCUUUACCUGCAAAAGCUUACACUGACCAGAAAGGGACUACCGAAAACACACUUAUAAAAAUUCAGAAAAAAAAAAAAAAAAAACGAAAGAGCUUAAAACAAAACUAGAGAGCCGAAAGCACACAAGAAUGUCGAAGGUGCGAGAUGAAGAUUUCCGUUGCCAGUGUUAUUCUUCAAAGAGUGAUACAUUUGUUCAAUACUGUUAUGUUUUUUAUGUUUAUAAGUAUUUCUGUAAAGAUAAAAUGUUUAUUUCUCCCUGAAACAAGCAGCAUUCUGUCUGCGUCACAACAUGAUUUUUACAGGUGGCGAUCGUCAAUGGAAUGCUGUCUAACUGUUCACUGAGAUUGCGAUGGAAUUAUAGAUAUGCAUUUUAUUUUACUGGUGUACAAGCAUAAAUAUAUUACAAAUAAAAUAUCUCAUUUUGUAUA